AUGUGCACUCACCGAGCUGCCCUGCCUGCCGGCCGGCUCCGCUCCCACUCAGGCUUGUGGCAUGCGGCGUGGCCGUGUUGCCCUGUGGCCCCGUGGCCCGGCCGGGGCGCUGAGCACGGCCCCCUCCCUCCUUCCGUGCGUCCCGCCGGGUCCCCCCCUCCCCGGCCCCGCCCCCGCGGGCUGCCCCACCCCCGCAGGCCACCGCAGCCGCUGCCAAGGCAACGGCGAGCCGCCGUCACGUGGCUGGCCCUUGGGGGCGCUACGGACCACGUGAUCUGGCUGGCCAGGAGGGGAGGGGAGGGGCGGGACUCGCCGCCCCUCCUGCCUUACACCCCGGCUUCGGGGAUCCGUUCUAGCCUGGACCACCCGGCCGGAAGCCGGGGAGCGGAAACCGGUAAAAGGUGCGCAUCUCUCCCGUUUCCCCGGCGGGCGUGCCGCGGGCCACAGUGCACUCGGAUUGGCGCUGCCGCGAAGGGGGCCGGAAGCCUGGGCAUCCCUCGCUUUCACCAUCCUCCCUUCCUUUUCCCCCCAGCCGCGCGGGCGCCCGGCCCUGACGACGGAACACAGGACGAUGUGGUCGCGCUUCUCUGGGUCCCUGGAUCUGGACAACAGGUCCAGGACAGGGUGAGCCCUGCUCGGCCCGAGAGCGUGGGUCUGAGUAGAGGAAAGGAGCACAGAAUCCCCAGGAUCUGGAGCUCCUUAAAGGCAAGGCCUGUGUCUUGCUCACCAUCGUCCCCACUGCUGAGCCAGGUACACUCAGGAAACCUUCAGAUUAAGCUUUCGGGCAUGUUCAACAAUUUGCUAUAUUCUGUGGAAAAAGAAAACUGCUUCAGGACUCGUACCGGGGUGUUCUCUUGACUGAAAUAUAUUAAAAUACGGUAACGGUAGCUCACUUAAAUCAAGUGUGCCAAAGACUAAACAUAAAGAAACUUCCACGGGGGAGGAGAAGGCACGCCUGUCCUCACAACUCUCCUUCCAUGCAGCCUCGAAACUGAUUUAGCGAUGUUCCCAUUCCCAAAAGCAACAUCGCUCCUCUAACUCAAUUGAAUAACGCGCUUUUUCCAGAAGGGUUAAUGUUGAAAACAGGAGAGUAAGCUGGCAACAGUCCUUGAUAGGUUAAACCAAUGUUUCUGAAGGGGGGCCUGUGGCAGAAUCUGCUGGGGUGGCUGUCCCAAAUGCCUGAGCUGCCACGAGGUGGUCUCCGGGGCGCGGUCGGGGAGUGCAGAUGUCAGAGGUGGGCUCCGCGGUGGCCGGGGCCAUGGCACCAGUGGCCUCCGGCAGACACGACCACGUGCGCCUGUUCAGGCUCUUCCUGCCGUAGCGGCCAUUUUUCCAGUAUGAGCAAC